CAUCGCUGGUUCACGUACUUUGACAGUUUUGACAGCACUUUCAUUCACCCCUUCGCCUCCUUCAUUCACUCCAUCCCACUUUACUUCAAAGACGAUGCCUGCAACAAAAAAGGUCGUGAACCCCGAGAAGGAGCUGCGAGGGAAAAAGCCCUACAACCGCGCUGCACCAGGGGUAUUUCAAAAGAAGUCGUACCAGGCCAAGCCUAAGCAACUGAGCGCGGACGAGGUCCCUGAGGGAGCAGCGGCGUUGAAGAAGAAGCUCCGGGAUACCCUGAGACUGUUGAGCAAGAAUCCAAAAAUGCCUGCGGAUAUCCGUCAAGAGCAUGAGAGACGUAUCGAGGCAUUGAAGCUGCAGGUCGCAGAGAAGCAGGUCGACCAGACAGAGCAAAAGAUGGCGACGAAGUAUCGCAUGGUCAAGUUUUUUGAGUCCAAGAAGGCCGACCGCAGGAUUAAAGUAUUUAUACGCCAGCACCCGAACUGGGAAUCGAACGAGAGCGAGCGGAAGGAGCUUGAAUCGCUCAAGCUUGACCUUGCCUACAUUCAACAUUAUCCAAAGACCCAAAAAUACAUUUCUCUCUACCCGAAUGAGAACGUGGAUGACCCGGUUGUCUCCAAGGCCCGUGCAGAGAUCCGUGAGAGGAUCCGGGAAGGAAUCGAGACGGGCGAAAUCCAGCAGUUUGUGAAGGAGGCGCGUGAGCAGGUCAAGGCCAAGAUCAUCAGCAAGGACACUAUGUCGACGGAGGAGUCCGUCAAGUUGACGACUCAAAAAAUCAUGAACGCCAAGAAGAGAGUCAGGACGGACGAUGAUGAUGGAACGGAUCCCUCGGCAAGACGUGCAAAGGCGACGGCGGAGAGGGAUGCGAAUAGGCCAGCGCAGAUUGAAGCUGUGGAGGAAGAGGAGAUGUUCUUUGAGACGGUACCCAAGGUUGUCCCAGCGGCGGAGGCUGUGAAGACCAAGGAAGGAGUCAAUAACAACAACAGCGAUAAAAAGAAGAAAGGUGGAACGGAAGUAGCACAGCAAUCCAAGAAGGAGAAGCCACAACAGCAGGCAAAGAAAGAGCAGCAGCCAAAGAAGGAACAGCAGUCAAAGAAGGAACAGCAGCCAAAGCAGAACGAGAAGAAGGGUCAACAGCCAAAGAAGGACAAGAAGAAGGAGGAUGCCGCAGUGCCAGCGCCUGCUGAGGAAGAAUCGCAGCCCGCAACAGAAGGAGAGCCCAAGAAGUUGGGCAAGUGGGCAAGGAAAGCCAUUCGUGCGCAGUCUUCAGUCGCAGUAAAGGAGGCAGUAAAGGAGGCAGUAACAGCAGUAGCAGCAGCCACAGGGUCGGGAAGCGGUACUAAUGCACCAGUAGAUGGACCAGUGGUGACUGGGGAAAUACCAGUGGAGAAGAGUGUCGAGGAGAAGAGCGUCGAGAAAAAGAAGCAGCCGGCAGGAAAGAAAGCCGCCCAGAAGAAGGAGGUGAAAAAGACAGAAGAAAAGAAGACUGAGGCGAAGAAGGUUGAGGAGGCAGAGAUUGCGAAGCCCGAGGUUAAGCUAGACGCACCCAAGAUUACGACACUGAAGGUUGACCAUAAUGACAAAGGCGAAGGCGACUCUGAUAGCGACAGCGAAGAACCGGUCGCACCUGUGCGUAAGGUUGUCAAGAUCGACACAUCGUUGCUGAAGGAGCUGCCAGAGGUUCCCAAGCGACGAGGAGGUCGUAACCAGAAUAAGUACAGGUGAAGAUAGGGAUCAUUACCAUCCUUAAUAAUAAAAACCACCAAAGCAUUGUUCCAUUUU